GGGCGGGGUUGGCGAGCUUUUGGAGCCGCGCGCGUCAGCCGCUGGGCGGAGUUGGGGCCGGCGCGGGUGGGCCGGGGUCUGGGCGAGGCGGCGCUGCCAGGACCGAACAGUUCCCUCCAGCGAGUGAGCGGUGGCAGGAGGUCUACGCGGGGGCUGCCCGCCCGCCGGCUUCGGUUCUCCCGUGACUGCGCGGGGUCGCGCGGCACUGGCGUUGGUGACACCGGUUUCCCCGAGCGUCAGCCUUUCAUUGGGACCCAGGCCCGUGCUCGUGUCUUUCGUUGAAAAGAACCGGAGCGCGGCAGCCGGGCGCAGGGCUGCAGACCGCGGGGCCACCCACGGGUGAAGGCGGAACUUACCUGAGCGGUGGCUUCCAGCCUUUGCAACGUGACGCGGACGAAAGCACAUUUUACAUCGCAACUGAGGACGCAGCCAUCCAGCUCCGUAACAUUCACGAAGCUGGACCAGCUCCCCACAGGCCACGCACUCGCACGUUUUCGCGUAUUUUCAAUUCCGUUCCGAUCACUUACUUUUUUUCCCCUAAACGACGUUGGUGACUCCCUGAAUGACUGCGGGGUCCCGGGCAGCGACGCUCGCUUUGGAAAACAUCGCCCUGGUUCACUCGAGGGGGUCCCGACCAGCAGUGGCCCCACACGAAAUGGCACAGAAGAUAAGGUGCACAAUGAACCCCAAUAUGAAGCAGAAACAGGAAGGCACCCAUGGGCGCGUGCAGUCCUGUCCCGAGGAGAACGCUGAAGAUGAUCCAGCCGUCCACAGCCGGGUCUCUCGUGGGCAGAGAGAACGAGCUGGUUAAAGGCUCGUCCAAACUGAAACAUCGCAGUGACCAGUCGGCGUCUAAGACUUCCGGCUCUGGAGGUACUGCUGUCCCGGGGCACGGUGAGAGCAAGGAGCCUGGCGGAGUUACCCAGGAGGCACUGGAUCUCAUGGUGGCAGAAAGCCCGUCCUCGCAGUAUUGGAAGGAAGUGGCGGAGCAGCGGCGGAAGGCUCUCUAUGAAGCGCUGAAGGAAAACGAGAAGCUCCACAGGGAGAUCGAGCUGAAGGCGAGUGAGAUCGCCCGCCUGCGGAGGGAGAACCAGGAGCUGGCGGAGGUGGCGCAGCACGUGCAGUACAUGGCGGAGGUCCUGGAGCGACUGAAAGGAGACACUCUGGAGAACUUCGAAUCGCCGGAGAGCAGCGAGGAAUUUGAUUCUGAAGAGGAGGCGGGCGAGGAUCCGGAGACGGAAGGCUCCGGCGCGGGCGUGAGUGCCAGGGCAGCCGUGUCUUCCUCCACGGACGCCCGGCCCGGCGUGUGAGCUGUGCGCAGACUCAGACGUGCCCCCGUUCCCGCCACGGCAGUUCUUGGUGGCAGAGCAAGCAGCUGUGUGAUGCAGACGUCCUUGUUGGGCCCUGGGACCCUAGCGUAUUAAAAUACAGAUGCUGUGUGUUUUAACCUGUGGUGUUUUAUGUAAAUAACAUUUCCUCACAUGUCACACGACUUGUGUACAUGAUAAAUAAACUUCACUUUCCUGGUGA